CUGACGGCAGCUCCACAAAGCAGCAGCCAAAGGAGAAAGAAAACGGCUGCUCCACACACACACACACACACACACACCCUCUCUCGGACACACAAACACACACACACACCGAUGCUGAGUCACAGACAGGUGGAUUGACUAACGGACAGACCGAGUGGCCCUCUCCCAUGAGCCAGCCGGGAAAAACAUGGAGGAACUGGAACACACCUGCCCCCAGCCGCACACGACUCUCACAGAGCCGGCGAUAUUUGCGAAGGAGACCAGCUGUGGAUGUCGUGCUCCUCACGAGAGACUGACCAUUGAGCAAGCCAGACGCGGGACCCCUGUGGACCGUCCAGUGCGGGUCUAUGCAGACGGCAUCUUUGAUCUGUUCCACUCCGGCCACGCUCGGGCCCUCAUGCAGGCCAAGAACCUCUUCCCCAACUCCUACCUGAUAGUCGGAGUGUGCAGUGACGAGCUCACCCAUAAGUAUAAGGGCUUCACGGUGAUGACGGAGGAGGAGCGCUACGAGGCGCUGCGACACUGCCGCUACGUGGACGAGGUGGUGCGGGACGCCCCCUGGACGCUCAGCCCGGAGUUCCUGGAGCAACACAAGAUUGACUUUGUGGCUCACGAUGACAUCCCAUACUCUUCAGCAGGAACAGAGGAUGUGUACAAGCACAUCAAAGAAGCUGGUAUGUUUGUGCCCACUCAGAGGACUGAGGGCAUCUCCACGUCUGACCUGAUCACGCGUAUCGUGCGAGACUAUGACGUCUACGCCAGAAGAAACCUGCAGAGGGGCUACACAGCCAAGGAGCUGAACGUCAGCUACAUCAACGAGAAGAAGUAUCGUCUGCAGAACCAGGUGGACCGUAUGAAGGAGAAGGUGCGCACGGUGGAGGAGAAGUCCAAGCACUUCGUCUACAGGGUGGAGGAGAAGAGCGCCGAUCUCAUCCAGAAAUGGGAGGAGAAGUCACGCGAAUUCAUCGGCAACUUCCUGGAGCUGUUUGGCCCCGAUGGAACAUGGAAACAGAUGUUCCAGGAGCGCAGCGGACGCAUGAUCCAGGCGUUGUCCCCGCGCGGGUCGCCUAGCAACAGCCCUCCACGGGAGCUGUCCCCCCUGCGCUCGCCCUCACCCCCGUCCCUCUGGGGACACGCCCACCACCAUAGCCACGCCCACUCCCACGCACGGGCCUCCUCGCCCCCCUCCCCUAAAGCAGCCUCCGCCUCCAUCAGCAGCAUGAGCGAGGGCGACGAGGAUGAGAAUUUUGCGUAGAAAGACACUGUGGGGACACCAUUAAGGCCAGUCCAUCAAAGAUGCAGUCUGGCUCAUGAUAACAAGCAGAGCCCAGUUGCACUGGACAUCAAAGAUGCAGUCUGGCUCAUGAUAACAAGGAGAGCCCAGUUGCACUGGACACGGAGCAGAGUUGGAUGCAGCACUGGUCAGCCAUUUAUCAUUUGUCUUGCAGGCGUACUCCAUAAUAAGGGUGCAAUGUAGAAUCAUAAAGAGUUCUAAUUAGAACCUUCUAAUGAAGGGUUCUUUGUGGAACUCUUUGAGUAUUCUUUGUGUAGCAUCGUAGCAAUUCACUAUUGCAGCAGUGAGUAACCAUAAAGGGGAAGACGGAGCCUAAUUUAGAAACAGGUUCUUUGUGGCAAAGGUUCUCUACACGUCGUUAUCUUUUUAAAGAGCUUGCUGAGAACCUUUUUAGAGUGCCACUGAGCUGGUCAAGCUUGCUGAGAACCUUUUUAGAGUGCCACUGAGCUGGACGAGACAUCACUGACAUCAAGAGCAUUUUAGAUUCUUUGUAUUUUUUUUUUUGGUGUGUGUAUUGCAAACAGAUUAGCAUCAGAUUGUAUCCUUCGCUUGUAGCCAUUAUGCAGUGUGUCCAUUCUGUUGUAUAUAUUCAUCCAAUCAGACACACGGUCUGAAUGAGGGACUGUUUAAAUGAUUUCAGAUUGUGUGAGCACACCUGGUAUGAGGCCGCAGGGUAAGGGCUCGUCCGGUCCUCUUGUAGGUCUGACCGCAGAAUAGCCACACCUGCUGCACUAUCACAAAACUUCUGAACACACAAAGACUUCAAAAAUAUGAUGUCAAUCAGAUCAAAUGUACGCACACACACACACACACACACUCACACACACACACACACACACACUCACACACACACACACACACACAAAGCCAUUUCCACCUAGAGAUACUGUAAUGUGUAUGCGAUGUAUGGGACCUUGCACUCUGUACAAAUGUGUUUUAUUCUGUUUGAUUUUUAUGAUCUUAUUUUUAUGUAUGAUUUGAAAUGGCUUAAAAUGUA